ACUGACGAUGUCGGCUUCUUCUGUAGCCCAGUCUCCACCGAGUACCUACUAGCAGCCGCAAAUUUCAACCUUGACCAGUCCGCAUUACUUGACAUUUGUAAGAAAGGUGUUGAUAGUAUCUUUGGAGGGCCUCGGGAGAAGGAGAGACUGUAUUCCUUAAUUGACAAGUUUGAAGAAGAGCUUCAAUAG